AUGUCAAAGGUUCAAAAGGCUCGUCCUGUCGCAAAGAAGUCAGAAUUAUCGACUUUAGCUGAGCAAAUUAAACAAAGAGCGUUAGAGAAGCAAAAAGAACUGAAGGAAGAAGAUAAGAAGGAAGUAACUAAUGUUAAAGAAGAAGUUGUAGAUAAUGCUGUUGAAGAUGAAAGGGAUGAUGAGACUUUCUCGAGUUUUGAAGAACUAAAUCUGGUGCCUGAGUUAAUUACUGCGUGUAAGAACUUGAACUUCACCAAGCCGACCCCUAUCCAAUGCAAAGCCAUUCCACCAGCUCUAAAAGGAAGCGAUAUUAUUGGGUUGGCUCAGACCGGUUCUGGUAAAACCGCUGCCUUUGCUAUCCCUAUUUUGAACAGGUUGUGGCAUGACCAGCAGGCGUACUAUGCAUGUAUCUUAGCCCCCACUAGAGAAUUGGCCCAACAAAUUAAAGAGACGUUUGAUUCCCUAGGGUCUCUAAUGGGUGUAAGGACGACCUGUAUCGUUGGAGGGAUGAAUAUGAUGGACCAGGCGCGGGAUUUAAUGAGAAAGCCACAUAUCAUUAUAGCUACUCCGGGAAGAUUAAUGGACCACUUGGAGAAUACUAAAGGCUUUUCACUGCGGAAACUGAGAUUUUUGGUGAUGGACGAGGCGGAUAGGUUACUUGAUAUGGAGUUUGGGCCUGUGCUUGACCGUAUCUUGAAGAACAUCCCAACGCAGGGCAGGACCACUUACUUAUUUUCUGCUACUAUGACCUCGAAGAUCGAUAAGCUACAAAGAGCAUCUCUCACCAAUCCGGUAAAGUGUUCUGUAUCUAAUAAGUACCAAACUGUUGAUACAUUGGUGCAGACCUUAAUGGUUGUACCAGGUGGUUUGAAGAACACCUUUUUGGUGUAUCUACUGAACGAAUAUAUUGGUAAAAGUACAAUUGUUUUCACAAGGACCAAGGCCAAUGCUGAACGUAUAUCGGGAUUGUGCAACUUGCUAGACUUCAGUGCCACGGCUCUGCAUGGUGAUCUUAACCAGAACCAGAGAAACGGUGCGUUGGAUUUGUUCAAGGCCGGCCGGAGAUCAAUCUUGGUUGCUACGGAUGUUGCAGCAAGAGGUUUGGAUAUUCCAUCUGUUGAUCUUGUUAUCAACUACGAUAUCCCUGUGGAUUCCAAGUCCUACAUCCAUCGUGUUGGUAGAACUGCAAGAGCAGGAAGAUCAGGGAAGUCUAUCUCGUUAGUGUCACAAUACGACUUGGAACUCAUUUUGAGAAUAGAAGAAGUUCUAGGAAGAAAACUGCCAAAGGAAAAUGUUGACAAGGCUUUGAUCUUAUCUUUCAGAGAUUCGGUUGACAAGGCCAAUGGUGAAGUGGUGAUGGAACUCAAUAGAAGAAAUAAAGAGAAACAAGCAAGAGGGAAGGGCAGAAGAGGUAGAAUGGCAGCGAAAGAGAACAUGGACAAAGGAGAACAGUGA